CUCAAUACCAAUAUAGAAGUGUGGACAACUCAAUACCACUAAUUACUCAAUACCACACGGAUCGUACUGCUCAUUGCUCCAACUCAUACCAACUUUUAUUUAAUAGAAGUGUGGACCACUCAAGAACUCCCAACUAAUUUUUUUUAUAUAAAUAGAGCCGAGCCGGUUGGAUCAAGAAUCCCCACUUAAUCCCAAGCAAGAGCACCUACUAGCAAAUCAAAAUUUGUGAUCUGCCAAAUUUCCAGGUUAGUUAAUUUUCGGUUUUAAAAGUGUAGAAGUAGUUAAUUUAGUAAUUUAUAAAUUUUUUAAUUUAGAUUGUGAAAUUGGACUUUUAGAGUAACAUUUAGCUAUAAAAUACUUGAAAGUUAGAAAGUGUGUAACAUUUAGAAUUUCCCUUAAAUUUCGGUUUUAGGAGUGUAGAAGUAGUUAAUUUAGUAAUUUGUAAAUUUUUUAAUUUACAUUGUGAAAUUCGAAUUUACUCUUUAAUUUAAAUAGUCGAAUUUAAGAUUUUAAUUUCGCAAUUAUAGUUAUUUCGAAUUUCAAAAUUACUAGUUAUUUUGGUAACUUUUAAGAUUUUAAUUUAGAUUGUGAAUUUAGAAUUUUACUCUACAUUGUGAAAUCAGAAGUUUAGAGUUGUACUUAGCUAUAAAAAUCUAGAAAUUUAGAAAUUGUGUUACAUUUAGAAUUUGAGUUAAAAUUCGAUUUUAUGACGUUACAAGUUGUUACUUUAGUAAUUUUUAAUUUUUUUGUGUUAGGUUGUGAAAUUAGAAUUUUAGAGUUCAAUUUAGCUAUAAAGAUCUACAAAUUUAAAAAUUGUGUUACAUUUAGAAUUUGUGUUAAAUUUCGAAUUUAGUAAUUUAUAACUACUUAUUUUAGGAAUUUCAAAUGGAGCAAAACAUUCCGCGCCCAGGGCUUGUUAACCGUACACUACUCACGUUGCCAUUGCGUGCCCAUCGUACGGACCGUAUAUGGUAUGAACCAAAUUCCAAAGACUCGUGCUUGAAAUGCGUCAGUUGCCCUUCAGCUGCAUUCGGAGUUGAAGAGCGAGAUCCAAGAGUGAUAAGGUAUGUUAGCAUAUGCUGGCUUCUUGGGGGUAGAGCACAUUGCCCGUAUGAAGGUGGAUCAUAGUUUAAUAUGCGCUUUGGUGGAGAGAUGGAGGCCAGAGACACAUACUUUCCAUCUUCCAUUCGGUGAGGUCAGCAUUAGUCUACAAGAUGUGGCGAUGAUCCUUGGUUUGCCCAUUCGGGGUAUGCCCCUCAGUGGUCCAACCGUUAAGGGUAAGGCUCAGUGGAUCGACCUGUGCACGCAGUCGUGUGGUUUCACUCCUCUAGAGACUGAUAUGCGCACGAGUGAUAUCACCAUGAGUGCUCUUACCCGUCACCAGAUCCUACCUGACAGUACAGACGAAGAGGUCACCGAACACACCAGAACCCUAAUAUGGCAAUUGCUUGGAGGCCUUUUGUUCCCUGACACGAGUGGGACAAGAAUAUGAUUAUACUUUUUGGAGGUCUUGCAGGGUGACUUGGCUUUAGCCCGUCGAUGGAGUUGGGGAUCAGCGGUUCUCGGGUACCUCUACCAUAACUUGUGCAACGGCGCCAAGUGGGAAACCAAACAAGUUGGCGGUUGUAUGCAUUUGUUACAGAUUUGGGCUUGGUCGAGGAUUUCGAUGGUCCGUCCCUCAGUAGUUCAGGUCAUUCAACAUGACCAUCUUCCAUAUGGGUGCAGGUGGAUCGUCCCCAAGUCAUAUAAGGGAUCCCCAAGACACUGCAUACGCCUGUACCGGGAUGACCUAGACCGAAUGAGUGAGAGUCAGGUAGUACUUCAAAUUUUUACUUCCACCGUACUAUUCAAUUUUUAAUACACAUUGUUUUAUAGUGGUUAAAUUGCAAAUUAAAAUUUUUACAAUUUGAUUUCACUCCCUACGCGUCCGAGGAACUCCCACCUAUCAUCCUUAAUGACGCUCCGCUUUGGUCGGCUAGGGUCAUGCUCAUAUUUUGCAAUAUGGCCGAAAUGCAUUACCCCGAUCGAUUUCUUCGGCAGUUCCAUAUAAGGCAAGAUACUCCGGAUGCUCCUUUGGCGGAUACUGAUCAUCACGGCAAUCGUUCCAACAUAGUAACCGGUGCCUUGACGUUGUGGGCGGACAUACAACAUAAUAUAUACUUUCUUGAUUAUGAUCGACAUAUGUCCGUCGAAGCAACUAAGAGGUACCGAAAAUGGUACCAGAAGCAUGGUAUGACACGUGUCCAGAACCCUUCUCACAAUGUGCCCACGACAGGUUACAUCCCGACAUCACACGAUUGGGGUAUUGUGAGGCAAAGCUUUUACGAGCUGAAUCAGCUCUUAGCCGACAGCGCAAGUCAUGAGGACUGUCAAAAACGACUACAGCGGAUGGCCCUGGACGUAGGUGAUGAAGAGAUGCUCCGCCGGGGCAUAUUCCAUUAUGAAGAUGAAGAUGAAAGUGGAAGUGACGAAGAGGAUGAUGCAGAUGAACAUGAAGGUGGGGGUGAGCACUCACAAUCGCCCCCUCAAUUUUCAACACGUGAGGGUGUCUCAUUUGAUCAACCACCCCCUCAAUUCUCAACGCAUCAAGGUGUCUCAUUUGAUCAACCACCGCCGUAUUAUGAUUCUUAUCAGUACUCCACACAAGCGGUUGAUUAUGUUGAUUCAUUUCUGGAUUCGUCGUCGUUUUACUAUGGAGACACAAUGGAGCCUUGGAACACUAGCGGUGGGGACGGAGCAGGGCCGAGCACGC